AUGACUGACGACAACUGCUCCCACAGCCACAACUCGCCCAACAACAAAAGAACCGACAGCAACUCACCACAAGACUUCGCCCCAGAAAAAACUUCACAGCUCCAACCUUCCCCAUCUGGCACACCGGAUUGGUUGAUGACUCCGAAGUCCCCAUCUAUCAUUUACCGGUCCACCAUCUACGAUGCAGCUGAUCAUCCUAACAGCCUCCCUUUUCACCACCUCCAAUAUCAAGGUCUUCAAAUCUUCGAGCCCAUCAGUCCUGAGCCUUCUCCACUGAAUAAUGUUGAUCCUUCUGCACUGAAUACUCCCCGAUACGACACGUCGUCUCGCCGAGAUCCACCACUACACCAAAUUACAACCGAUACUUCUCCAAAUAAGAGCAGCGGCUUCGCUGAACAUGCCCACUCUGUCAAUGCCUUCGCUGCUACCGCUACAUCAAAACCACUUUCAUCUCCUAUCUUUGAUCAGAGCCAGGAGGAUUUUGUUGACGUGAGCGACUCCUCCCCGGCGAGGCCCACUCCAAUGCAUCAGCCAUCAGCUGAGGAAUGCCAGCUCGCUGCAGAACUCUUGAAACAAGCUCCUGAUCCAGUCCGGUCACUAUUUGCUCCGCUUCCACAGACUCUGUGGGAAGUCUUCUUCUCCGUUCUUCAAUCCAAGAAGCAAGCGCUUCACAUCACUCCAUCUAAAUUUGACUUCUCUGACAAAUUCAUCCUUGAAAUAGCGGAGCCCCAGAACUGGAUCACUACAUUUGGUUACAGAUCUGAAACUAUUCUCCGCCUCUCUUCUUGCGAGCAACAUCUCCUCUGUUUUAUCAUGUCGAGCUCGUCGUCUUCUGGGUUAGGGAUCUCGUCCAAACGGUCUGUAUACGGCAUCCCCAAAAAAUGUUGGUGUGGAAAAGGUCUCACCAUCUGGGGGUCAAACACAAAGGAGAACCCAUUUCGCAGAUUUUACCGUUGCGAAAUCUCUUUACAGAGGAAAUCCGAGUCCCACCUCUUCAAAUGGGAAGACGGAGCAAUACGUGAUGAAGUUAGAAUGGUGGAAGCUAAACUCUCUGAUCUCGUCCACGACUUUAAGUCCCUCUUGAAGUCCGUUGUUGAACAGCUUGACUCACACAAGACUUGGCUAGAUACUCUCGAGGUUCACAUGAUUUCUAAGGUCGCUGAACACAUGUUGAAAAUGGAGGAAGCUAUGGUUGAAGCUUCCAGACAACUCAAAGAUGACAUGGAUGCUACUCUCAGUUCUAACACAGCACAACUCAUCAACAAUGGACAUGGUCACAACUUUGCAGUUGCCGUUGCUAUCGUAGGAGCUACCGCAUGCCUUUAUUGGAAGCUCCUCUAA